AAAGGAGAAGGGGAGAGAAUUCCAGAUCAAGAAAAAGACAGACUUUGUCUUUCUCCGUGACCCUAACCCAGUUUGAGCUCCCGUCGUCCCGCGGCUGGACAGCUGGACGCUUCGCGCAGUGGCAUGUCCGUUCAUUGACACUGUGCAGCCACCACCACCCCACCGUCUUUGGUGGAGCGCCCACUCAUCAACCACAACCAGGACCCCAUCCCCAUACCCGCACACUCACACGUCUGACUUUCUUUCACUGUUUUACCUUCGACAGCCCACAAACCAAAUCGCUUCGAGCUGCCAGAGCACAGCACAGCACCCUCUCGCCCUGCAUUUUGCUUUGCGACAGGCAAGGCCCCCCUUUUCCAUUCUCCGUUCUUUUAAUCCCAAAGAACCUUCUCAAUUCUCUCUGUCAAGAUGGGGAAACCGUAAUCACCAGCAACGCCCUCCACUCAGAGGUGCCUAGGAUCUUUUUCUGAUCCUGCCCACCGAGCCAUCCACUCUUAUUACCCAACCAUCCCGCUCUAACUCGCGACUCCCGGUCCCCGACUCACGGAAUCACUUCCACUUCGUCCUCCUAAAAACUCAAAAAGCAAAAAGAGUCCCGGCCUUCUUGACCGACCCGACCACCUUGGCCGACGAUCCACCUCUCGCCUGCAUUGUUCACGGCUUCCUCCGACCGUCCCGUGAGACCACACCCCGGCGACCGCCAUCCACUGCUCCACCGCCCACUUCCUGGUCUGAUCGGAUCCGACAUUUCCCAAUCUGCCCCAUAACGACUACCCAACCUUGGCUUCACCCAUUCUACCAGUUACCUCCUGUCAUGGGUGCUGGCACUGCCAUAAAAACGACUCUCGGUCUCUUCGCCAUGUCUGAAGGAGGGAAAGUUGUCAUGUCCAAGAGGAGUGCUCGACCAUACAUCGAAGAAGACGAAAUGGAGAAACAAACACUGGAAUAUCAGGCCAACGGGGACGAGAGAAGAAGCACGGCGUCGACAUCUACCACCUACAGCAGUCAAACCAGCCUCGAGUCAUCGCCAUCAGUCCAUGCCGCCGACCCGGAGAGAGAUGUGGAACAGCUUCAGCUCUCAAGUCAGAAACACCGCACAUCCACCACCGGACCCCGCGAUGCCUUUCACCCGCCAAAUAACGACCUCGAGUCUGGCUCAAUAUCAGCUCUUGAGCUGGACAGGAUACUUCCAACCGAGGGCCGGCCCUCCAAUUUUGGUGUUGUUGUUCCAGGCGUCUACAGAAGCAGUUUUCCACAGUCGGAGGACUACGGCUUUAUCGAGGGCUUGAAGUUGAAGACAAUUGUCACCCUUGUACAAAAAGAGUUCCCACAAGGCUAUGACAAGUUCAUUGAGAGGAAUGGCAUCAACCACUGCGUCUUUGACAUGAAGGGCACCAAGAAGCAGGCCAUCCCGAUUGCCACCAUGAGGUCAAUUCUCCGACUGGUUCUGGACCGCAGGAAUCACCCAUUGCUGAUUCACUGCAAUCACGGCAAGCAUCGCACUGGGUGUGUCGUUGGUGUGGUGCGCAAACUCUCUGGCUGGGAGCUUGGCAACGUGCUUAGCGAGUACAAGAAGUACGCCGAGCCGAAGGUCCGAGACUGUGACGUAAAUUACAUCACCGGCUUUGAGCCGGCCGACAUUUCGAAUCUUUUUCGAGAGGUGACCUUACCAUUUCGAACCCGGAACUUCCUCCGAGCCACCUUCUUCGCCCUCAUCAUGACCGUCAUAUGGCUAUUUUCAGGCACCAAGCUAAUAUCAGCGGCGCCUCAGCGAGGCAAAUUGUUGGAAGAGUAGUGCAAUGGCACAGCUUAGGGUAGAUUGGGACAAGAGGAGAAAUCGGCAGGGAUCGUGGGACGAGUCACCAUGGGUGAGGCUGUCUGAUAUCAUUGCAUUCACACAACCCCCUUACCUUUGAUAUACUGCAUCGGUAAUUUUGGGACGGAUGGCAUAGUGGCAUAGAAACCCCUCAAGACUCGUUGGGACAAGGGAGCGGAGACUGAUCAAGUGCUGAAGUGGUCUCCCUGGCGUUUUUUUUUAGUUAUUUUUUUAUUGGCGGC